ACGUGAUUGUCAACAAUGUUUUUCAGUCAAAUUAUUUAAGUUAUUGGUAAUGAAUUUUAAAGUUAUAUACAAACUUUAGAUAGCGCUAUAUAAUUUCUCUUUGAGUCCAUUUAGGUGAAUUAUUAUUUGCAACAAAUUUUAUUGUGAUCGAUAUUGUAUUGGGGAAAAUUUUAAUAUUUUCGAAAGUGAGCUAAAAAUAUGUUCCCAACAAAUCAAAACGGCGAUGGAUUGGUUGUUGACAUAGAUUUGUCUGAUUAUACUCAUAAAUAUGCAGAAGGUAUUGAGCCAAUAUCUUUGCGUACUAUAGCUCCUUUUAGUACAGAUCAUGAAGCUAUAGAAGAACUACACAAUUGUGAUUAUUUCAAAAUACAUCCAGAUGAAGCAGCUUCUGGCAUGACUAACAGAAAAGUUCGUGUUUAUUCUGAUGGUAUUUACGAUGUGUUUCAUCAAGGUCACGCGAAACAACUACAACAAGCUAAAACAGCAUUCCCUAAUGUAUAUCUAAUUGUUGGAGUAUGCAAUGAUGCUUUAACACAUAGACGCAAAGGACGCACAGUCAUGAACGAGGAAGAAAGGUACGAAGCAGUAAGACACUGCAAAUAUGUUGAUGAAGUUAUAAGAGAUGCUCCCUGGGAAAUAGAUGAAAUAUUUCUGCAAGAACAUAAAAUAGAUUUUGUUGCACAUGAUGAUAUACCAUACACAACUAAAGAUCAAAAUGAUAUCUACGCAUUUCUUAAACAAAAUAAUAUGUUUGUUAUUACAAAAAGAACUGAAGGUGUGUCUACAUCAGAUAUAGUAGCAAGGAUUGUACGCGAUUACGAUAUUUACGUUAGAACUAAUUUGGCACAUGGAUAUUCAGCGAAAGAGCUCAACGUUUCAUUUUUUAAUGAAAAGAAAUUUCGUUUUCAAAAUAUGAUGGACGGUUUGAAAGACAAGGGGAAGAAGGUCAUGACGAACAUAGUCGAAAAGAAAGUGGACUUCUUUGCGAAAUGGGAGGAAAAAUCGAGGGAGUUGAUUGAUUCGUUUCUGUUGAUUUUUGGGAGUCGUGGCACUUUUUCGACAAUGUGGAAUGACUCGAAAGGAAUGUUAAAACAUGCAUUGAGUAACCCGCCUUCUCCUCGAAAUAUUCCUUCUCCUACAGAUCUGAACGUAGUCAGCGUAAGCAGCAAUGAUUUAAAGAGUUUAUCUUCUCCUGUUAUAGGAGGUUUUGAUAGAAAAUCAUCAAAAGAUUUUCUCAAUGAAGUCGCUAACAGUGAUGAAGAGUAUUUGGAUAGUCAUACGUAGUUUGUUUUAAAUUAUAAAUGAGACUAGUUUGAUUAAAAUUAUUUAUUGGAUUAAUUUGAAUUGUUUAUAAUUAUACAUGUAUUUUUAACGGUGUUAAUGACCAGACUCAAAAUAUCAUCGACAAAGUUAUGAAUUAUAAAUUUUUGAUGUUA